UAUUAUAGUUCAAGAGAGAGGGAACCCGCUGGUGUCUGAGAAGAAACCGUGAAGGGUGCACUACGAGGGGAACAUAAACUAAUAAAACAUUCUUGAAUGGCAAUGACAAUCACUAGAGUUGACACUUCCUGCAGUCUUUUAGUUUAGAAACCACACUUCCGGAGACGUCCCCGUUCCAACAGGCACCUUCUGAUCAAAUCCUCUAGCUCAACUCAGGUAUAUCCCCACUAUUGGGCCAGGGAGACCUGCGGAUGGCGAGAGCGGGUUCUCUUAGGAGGGUGUGGAUUGUGAGCUUGUCCGCUGGCAAGGAGCAGAAGGUCAGGGAGGCACCGUAGUUAAUCAAUCAAUAAACCAAACAGCCGAUCAAUCACUUCCUGCAGUCCGAGUCCGGCGAGGGCUCAUCGAUUGGUCCGGGUAUUUUGAAAGGAAAAACGGCGGUGGAUAGGCUGUCAAACGGAGGGGUGAAGGAGAGGUGGGGCUGGGCCUCCAGGUGCCCCCUGUGGCUUCCUGGGCCUGCAGAGGCGCCGAAACGUGCAGGCGCCGUCGUCCGGGAGGCGUGGGGCGCGCGGGGCGAGUCCCUGCUUGCUGGUUAGCACCUCCCGACCCCGGGAAGGCCCGGGGGGCGCGCGGCGGGCGGGGCGAGGGCCGGGCGAGGCCCGCCUCCCAUUGGCCGCAUAGCGCCGCCCUGCGCGGACCGCCGUUAUAAACCAGCCGCCUGCGCCGGGCGCCUCACAGCACGCUACCACGCCGACGCCGACCCCGCUCUGCACGUCAGCCAGCCCGCGCCCACCAUGGCCACAGUUCAGCAGCUGGAAGGAAGAUGGCGCCUGGUGGAUAGCAAAGGCUUUGAUGAAUACAUGAAGGAGCUAGGAGUGGGAAUAGCUUUGCGAAAAAUGGGCGCAAUGGCCAAGCCAGACUGUAUCAUCACUUGUGAUGGCAAAAACCUCACCAUAAAAACUGAGAGCACUUUGAAAACAACACAGUUUUCUUGUACUCUGGGAGAGAAAUUUGAAGAAACCACAGCUGAUGGCAGAAAAACUCAGACUGUCUGCAGCUUUACAGAUGGUGCAUUGGUUCAGCAUCAGGAGUGGGAUGGGAAGGAAAGCACAAUAACAAGAAAAUUGAAAGAUGGGAAAUUAGUGGUGGACUGUGUCAUGAACAAUGUCACCUGUACUCGGAUCUAUGAAAAAGUAGAAUAAAAAUUCCAUCAUCACUUUGGACAGGAAUUAACUAAAAGAAUGACCAAGCUCAGUUCAAUGAGCAAAUCUCCAUACUGUUUUUUUUUUUUUUUCAUUACUGUGUUCAAUUAUCUUUAUCACAAACAUUUUACAUGUAGCUAUUUCAAAGUGUGUUGGAUUAAUUAGGAUCAGCCCUUGGUUAAUAAAGAAAUGUGUUUGUGCUAAUA